UUGAAUUCCGGUUGCCAAGCGCACGUUUCCUUCCGCUGGUGUGAAACGAAGAGGCAACGAUUCCCUUUUGUCUACUUGUGAAGAAACAAAAACAAAAUGAGCAAAGCACACCCUCCCGAGCUGAAAAAGUUCAUGGACAAGAAGCUUUCGCUCAAGUUAAAUGGAGGCAGACAUGUACAGGGCAUCCUUCGAGGGUUUGACCCCUUUAUGAACCUGGUGGUGGAUGACUCUUUGGAAAUGGGACCAGGAGGACAACAACAUAGCAUCGGCAUGGUGGUCAUCCGAGGUAACAGCAUCAUCAUGUUGGAGGCCUUGGAGAGAGUAUGAGACUAGCUGAAGGGGGCAUGUCGGUGGAUUAUUUUUUUUUAAUUUUUUUUUUUAAUAUGGGUAAACUGAAGCAACACGACUCUCUUUGAAUUGUGUAAAAUGUCUGAUGUUUGGAAUUUGUGAAUAAAUCUUUUUCUUCGUA